AUGGCAUCUGCAGAGGCAUUCAAAGAGCUCCCUAGGGACCUCGCUGCGGUAGAUGUUAAGGGCAUGACCUAUGUGUUCUUCAUCAACUCGGAUCAUCAGCUCUGCUACCUCCAAUCCCCUGGGCCAGAAACCAAUGACUAUGAACCUCAACUCGUCAAAUCCAAGGACGGAGACCUGAAGGUAAAGUGCGGCAGCAGGCAAAUCGCCGCAGUGGCUUGGCAGGGGAAAAACGGCCAAGAAAUCCGCAUCUACUGCAUUGCUUCCGACAAGGGGAAAUGUGAGAACAGAGGUUAUAUCCAAGAGGUCGCCUUCAGCUCCAGCACUGGAUGGGAGCAUGGCGUGUUCGGCUACAAGGAGGAGGGGAGGGCUUACGUUGACAAGGAUGCCUCGCUGACGGCCUCCGUUCAUGAUUGGGGUAACAAGGCGGACAUCAAGGUUUUUGCCUCUGGAAAGGGCGAGAAUGGGCGCCCCAAAGUCACCAUGCAUCAGUACAGCUAUGGAAGCCGAGAGUGGCAGGGCAAGGUUAUCAGCAACAAGGCCGCGAACUGGUAA